CCGACUCUUGCGGACAGAUCGGUGAAUCUCCUACACUGAUGUGUGUCAUGUGAGGAAGUUGCACAGAAAUUUAUACUGUUACUGAUUUUCUACGUAGCUUCAAGAAAUUAAUUCGUACUUCGUGAUGGGGGAGUGUCCAACUCCAAGCAUCCAUAUCGGAAUUCAGGAAACCAACUCCACCACCUUGGGCAACUUGUCUUUACUCUCUGAAACUGUUCCUGCUCUUCAAAGCACUACUAACGAAAGCGUGGAAAAAUUAAAAUUCAUCGCGUAUGGCAUCGUAAGUUCCGUCAUCAUAGCUCUUGGAAUUCUGGGAAAUUCUAUCAACUUAGCUGUUCUGACUAGGCCUAACCUGAAAGGAGUUACCUUCGUCUACCUUACUUGGCUCGCCAUAUCUGAUCUCAUGUCUCUUGUGGUGAGCUUGAGUUCUAUGUUUAGACUUCAUGGCAUGCAGCCCAGAACGUAUACUGCCGCUGUGUAUUAUUCCCGCAUCGAAAUGCCACUUGUGAAUGCCUUCAUGGCAAGCAGCGUGUUCUUAGUUGUAGCUUUAACUAUAGACAGGUAUUUCUCAGUGUGCUUACCAACUAGAUUUAAAGAAGUGCAUAACACUCAACGGGCGAGGCGCUCUAUAGCGGCAGCCUACAUUUGUGCAUUUGUUUUGUAUAUACCAGUAUGUUUUCAAAAGAAACCAGUCGCAGUGUUAGUGCCAUUUACGAAUAAAAUUGAGUAUAUAUCAUGCGAAUACACACCAGUGGCAUCGCAUACUGUUUUUAAGGUGUACCUCAUGGUCAAAGAGGUGAUUGUUCGGCUUGGUCCUGUGGUGCUGUUAGCAGUUUUGAAUACGACCAUUAUAGUGACUUUCAGAAAAACGCUCAGGAAACGAAGGCAGAUGCUAAGUAUGUCUACAGCCAAUUCUGCUAGUCAACAGCAAAGGGAUGGCAGCAAGAAAUAUAGAGAAGAACAAAGGCUUAUCAUUUUAUUAGCUGGUAUUGUGAUACUAUUCUUUAUCAGUAUGACGCCGGCUGCCAUUUUAACGAUACUAAACAGUGAUGACAAAGAAUUCAACUUUGGAUUUCAAUUAUUCAGAGCUAUUGCUAAUGUUUUAGAGUUAUCAAACUACGCGAUGAACUUUUACGUCUAUUGCAUGUGCAGUUCCGAAAUUCGAAGGACUUUCUUGGCGUUAGCAACUUGCACAAAACCUACGCUUUAUGUAAGUUCUGCAAGCAGCAAACCAUCAGUAGAAAGUAACAAUAAAUACUAAAGGAAAAUCUUGUUUUAGCAACUAAUUGUUUAUGUUUGAUGCAUCAAUUAAUACGGCGUCCUAUUUAAUUUAAUCUGGUGGUGUGAUAAAUGCUAGUCCCAAGUAUGCUGAGAUGUGAACUGAUCAAUGAAUUCGAUAAAUUAUGGUUUUAAACUUUAGUGAUUUAAUUAAUACUAAUUAACGUAAUAGACUGAUAUAUAAUAAAUCAGCAGUGGAGGUUAAAUAAAGUAAAGAAAGUGUGCCAAGUUUUAAUUUAUAUUCUGAGAAAAAGUACCUGUCAGUUUCUUUCGGAAGUAAAAUGCUUAUUGAUUUGAGAACUUUUAUGACAUUUUAUGAUGGUAUUAGUAACGAUGGAGUUUUAAAGAAAUUAAUAAACUUUUAAAGCAUCUGUUUAACUAUUUUCUGCAUUAGAACUCGUAUUUCUGUUGUUUAAGUACUGAAUUUUCUACGCUUCUUUACCUUAACUGAAGUUUUUUUAAAAACAUUUAUUCGA